AGAUCACGGGUUCUCUCCCUUUUUCUUUGUCCAACUGCACAGCUCUAAGCUCUUCAAGAACUGAAUUCUGCUACCGCAGUCCAACUUAGAUACUUGAAGCGUAGGUAGAGGUUGGAUUUUGUACCAUCAUACUGGACGUGUUCUGUCGUCAUUCCAAGGCUAUGGCAUGUCUUCUUGGGUUGCUCUCUAUUGAUCCGGAUACUUAUCCCCUGUCUGCGCUUAUAUACUGUCUGUCUGCCUUACUGAAUUCACCUUUGGUAGUAAUAUGUCAUCCCACUGUGUGCUGAUUUCAGAAAAAAGAUAAAAGAACUAUAUUUUGCCAUCAAUUUUUUCACUAGUGAACUGCCAGUCUCUUUUGGGGAAAUAAAGAACUUGCACAAGUUAUGCAUUUUCCAAAAUCACAUUUCUGGUUGGAUUCCUCCUGAACUUGGAACCAUUUGCAAUCCCCUGGUUGAGCUUAAUCUGUCGAACAACAACAAUACUGCACCCAGUUCCAAUGACUUUUUCAUCCCGCUUUGGCUCCCAGUAUUUUGAUUUGUUCAAUAACAACUUGAAUGGUUCUCCUUUGAAAAGAUUUUGAGGCCCGAUUGAACCAUCCGUCUUUAUCUGAUUCCAUGCAUACAUUCGUGUAACCAACACCCAACUCUGGAUGGUAAAAUCCUCUGUAUCUUGUUUUCUACUCAUGCUAUUGAUUCACCUGAAAUUUUCUCCUGCUUCCGCCCUCUAUUAUUUAGUUUGCUUUAUUCUCUUGAUUGGUUUCUUUUUUUAUCCUUUACUCCAAGCCUCCUGAAAACUUACUGGAUGUGGCAUUAUUCAGGUGCUAUGUGAAUCUGCAAGCAAGCAUCAAACUAUCGCUGAGAAUAUACGAUUGCAUUUCACUGCUAAUAAGUUUCUUUCACCUGGCAUAUUCUGAUACAGAGAAAAAAUCUACUUGGUUUUUUUUUGUCAUUGGAAGCCCCCUUUUCAAAUUUUGCUGUUUAUUUUAUGUACGAUAUCCAAAACUUGGAAUUGUAUUCCAACACCAUACACAUCCAAUUUUCUUUGUGUGCAGGCAAACUUCUAACUCCACCUCUAAGGUUUCAAUUGAACAUUACAGGUGUUUGAUUCAGGUCAAGUGAUUGAAAGACAGGAGCAAAAUUGCCCUAAAGUCAGGUUUGAUGCUUCAUGUUUCCUCCAGUUCAGUCAUAGCCAAAUUAGGCCUAGUUGUCUUUGGAGAUGAAAUUCGAUAUCGGUGAAUCUGGUGGUGGCUUUGAUGGUGCCUUGAGGUGCUCAACGUAAUUCCCCCAAAUAAAGAGGGAAACAUCCAUCUCGUUCCCGCCUCGGAGAAGAAAAAUUGCAAAAUCUCUUCCGAAAACUUCCGGCGAAAGGAAAUGGCGGCCUCUGCAAAGACUUUACUCGACUUCUUCAAAGAACCCUCUGCUAAGCGUGUCAAGCGAAUCGCCUCAUCUCCUCCUCCGACGGCGGCGGUGACUAAACUUUCUGCUGUCUUCUCGACGUCGUCGUCAUCAUCCCCCACCGCCGGCGGCGAUAACAGAAGCCAAAACGAAGCCGCGCAAUCGGAAGCCCCAAAUUCAAUUCCUGCUACUACCGAUGAUCUCACCAAAGAACAGAAGUCUAGAAUGGAGUUCAACAAAGCACUUGCCCGAGCUAAGCGAAACCUUAAACUCUGCUCCGAUAAAAUUUCCAAAUGUGGGAGUGUAGGACAUGUGAAAUUGGAGGAACUAUUGGUUGAAGAGACAUGGCGGCAAAAGUUACCAGGAGAAUUUGACAAGCCAUAUGCACAGAAAUUGUUUAAGUUUGUGGAGAGUGAAAUACAGAAGGGAGAUGUGCCAGUAUAUCCUCCUCACCAUUUGAUUUUUAAUGCUCUCAAUGCCACUUCUUUUGACUCGGUGAAAGUGGUCAUCAUUGGUCAGGACCCAUACCAUGGACCGGGUCAGGCAAUGGGCCUUUCUUUCUCGGUUCCUGAAGGUGUUAAGGUGCCUUCAAGUCUGAUAAACAUAUAUAAGGAGCUUCAGCAAGAUCUGGGCUGUUCAAUUCCAAAACAUGGGAACUUGGAGAGAUGGGCUUUACAGGGGGUUUUGUUGCUCAAUGCUGUCUUGACAGUUAAACAGCAUCAAGCGAAUUCACAUGCGAAGAAAGGUUGGGAACAGUUUACUGAUGCUGUAAUCAAAACACUUUCAAAGGAAAAAGUUGGUGUCAUUUUUCUUCUUUGGGGAAAUUAUGCCCAAGCAAAGGCCAGGUUGAUUGACGAGACAAAGCACUAUGUUCUCAAGUCGGCUCAUCCAUCUGGUCUUUCUGCGAACCGAGGCUUCUUUGGUUGCAGACAUUUUUCUAAGACUAACCAGAUUCUGGAGAAAAUGGGAGUUUCCCCCAUUGAUUGGCAACUGUAGCCUAGAAGAUCAAACUUACAUUUUGAAGAUCACUUUUGCUGCAGAUAAAUUGGCAAACUUGUGGUGCAUUCUAGGUUACAAGGAUCUAAUUAGAUUUAAUGUUAACAUACCUCAUUUUGCGAGGUUGACAGAAAUUGUUGUAGUAAUAGUGCAAGGAUAUUGGUGACAAGGCGAAUGUUACCAAUUUUGUGUAUCAUAGCAAGUUAUCAAUUUAUUCUGAUUGUUAUUCUUCAUUUGCA